AUGUCUUGCCCCUCCUCCGGGCUUGCCCACUCGUGGCUAGAGCGCAGUUUCACCCCAUCUGGCAAAGACGCUCAGGGUCUAUCAUGUGAACUGAAGAAAUGUCGUCAUAGAACUGCGAGCUCCUUCGUAGUUGCGCUAGUUAGCGGGAGCUGGAGAUGGAUUGCAUGGCCAAUGCCUAGGAGACAACGGAAGAUCUCUAUCGAAAAUGACCAGAAAGUGGCCCAGGUGGCGCUCUGCAGAGCUUCUUUCGAUUUGGCGACAGUCUCACCAGCCACAAAUGGGGGAGCUCCAGCUCCUGCGGGAGCUUUGGUCAAGCUGCCCACCGAGCUUUCCCAAAGUGACGUCAGGAAAACGUAG